AUGGAGAAAAUAGUGUCACAGAAAGGAAAGGAGUUAUUGUUGAUAGAUGGGCAGCGGUAUCGACAAGCUCGAACGAAUGCAGAUGGCAGCAUAUCGUGGAGAUGUGUUACUCUAAACUGCAGUGGACGAUUAAAAGUGUCCAGAGGCGACGUGAUUAAUGUUAUCACAGAACAUAACCAUGCUCCAAAUCCAGAAAAGAACAUGGCGGCGGUUAAAUGUGUUGCAGAAAUGAAAGUGAGAGCAGCAAACUGUGUAGAAAACCCUCGGCAGAUCAUACAACACUGCAGCAAUGGGUUAGCGCUAGGGGCAUCAGUUCAUUUGACGACGUAUACCGCAUCCCAAAGAGCAAUUGAACGGGUUAGAAAACGUGCAGAGCAGCCAUAUCCCAAUCCAACAGCCGUUGCUGAUAUUACAAUCCCUGCAGCUUUGCAAACUACUUCCAGAAAUGCGAAUUUCCUUUUAUGGGAUUCAGGUGCAGAAGACCCUAAUCGCAUAUUUAUGUUUGGUACAGAACAAAAUCUGAACAUCUUAGAACAACAUCGGCAUUGGUUUGUUGAUGGAACUUUUAAAGUUGCGCCAGAAUUAUUUCUGCAAGUUUUUACUAUCCACGCGUUGGUCGAAAACACCUGUAUGCCGUUAGUGUACGUUCUUUUACAAGACAAAAGUGAGAUGUCGUACGUUCGUGUAUUUCAAAAACUGUUGGACUUGAAGAUAACGCUGAAUCCAAUAAGUGUUACGUCAGAUUUCGAAAAAGCUAUCCAUAACGCAGUAUCACGCGUGUUUGAUGAAGUACAAAUUGUUGGAUGCUUAUUUCAUCUAGGGCAGUCUCUGUGGAGAAGAGUACAACUAUGCAAUUUAACAGAGGAUUAUCUAAAUAAUGAAAAUGUGCGCCAGCAUACCAAAAUGCUUUUAUCUUUGAGUUUCGUUCCUCCGAACGAUGUAAUCAUGGCCUUCGAAGAAUUAGUUGAGAACUGCCCAAACACCUUGGAUCCCAUAGUGGACUACUGGGAAGAUACUUAUAUAGGACGACUUCGACGGAAUCGAAGAGGUGACCCUCGUUUCCCAAUUGCAAUCUGGAAUGUGUACAACAGAGUUGCAGAUAGACUUCCACGUACUAAUAAUUCAGUCGAAGGUUGGCAUCGUGCUUUUCAACAAACUUUAAACUGUCACCAUCCGUCUGUUUAUAAACUAAUCGAUCAAUUUAAGAAAGAACAGGAUCAUGUUGAAAUACUACACACCCGCAUAACCGCUGGUAUUCAACAUCCGGAAUCGUCAAAACGGAAGUACGUGCAGCUAAAUCGAAGACUGGAGGUACUGACCGACAAUUACGACAAUACCGCUGUUAUGGAUUACCUCAGAGGAAUUUCACAUAAUAUGGAGAUAUAA